AUGGUCAACUAUCUCUCCGUUCCUGAAUCAAGCAUGGCAACCAAGGUUGGUCUCGGCGUUCCAAUGCCGCUUCUCGCUCCUGCGACUGCUACAUGGGCUUUUCCCUUUGCGGCAUACUACAUUUUCCUCCAGAACCGCAUUGCUUACCACCGCAUCACCUCAAAGACUUUCAUGGGUGACAAGUCGGAUGAUUCGAAAGGCGUCACAGAUCCCCUAUAUGUGGCCACGCGUGCGCAGCUGAACUUUGCCGAGAACGUGCCAUUGGUAUUGGGAGUGGCGCUCCUCGCUGAGCUCAACGGAGCCAACAGGACCUACAUCAAUUACGCGCUUGGUACUCUCCUUGCCCUCCGUAUCAGUCACGCAGAGCUUGGCUUGAUGAUCAAGGGUUCUACGGCUCCCGGAAGGAUUGUUGGUUACUACGGCACUCAGGCUGUACUUGCAGGUAUUGCUGGAUACGCGACGUACUUGAUCGCGGAUUUCUGGAUGAUUUGA